AGGAACAGCGCCUGGAUUGUGACAAGGUUGUGGGAGCUUUUUUACAACUCCACACAGUGCAAUGAGGAUGCUCUCGCACCCCCUUAGGCACCCCCACAGGAGUCUUGUUUUGCUACUCAUCUGUAAUAAAGUUUACUACUCUAAAGAUUUAUCUGAUUACAUCAUAACACAGGGUACAUUUUAAUCUAGGUAAUGAUUUUGUUUCCUUAAACAUAUCAUGAAUAAUCAUAAUCAUCAUUCACACUUGGCUGCUCACAAACUUUUUUAGUUUGAAAAAAUUGUAUAAAACAGAUUCUGUCUUAUAGUUUGGAAUUGCAGUAAUGAAAAUCAAUAAUCUCCUUCUAAUUCAAAACCAUGUUUAAACAGCUUUUACCCUUUCUGUUUAUAAGUGGCUGUUUUGGUUGUUGUUUUUUUGAACUAAUAUAAUUUUAAAUCGUGCAUAUUCAAAUUUAAUUUUUUUUUCCAAUAGAUAAAAAACAUGAGGCAAGAAGAAGAAAUGACUUCAACAAAUGCAAUGCAUGAUCAUAUGGAAUCAAGCCUAUCCAAUGAAAUUGUUUCAGAUAAGAUCAAGAAAUCUACUUGCACAGAUAAUCAUCAAUUAAAUAAACUUUUCACUUGCCAAAUUUGUCAAAAAGGAUUUUCUAGCUCUAAAAUAUUACAAAAUCAUGAGUUGAUUCAUGCUGGUGAAAAAACAAAUAAAUGUCAAAUAUGUCAGAAAGGAUUUUCUCGUUCUUCUGAUUUGAAGAAACACCAACAGACUCAUACUGAUGAAAAAACAAAUAAAUGUCAAAUAUGUCAAAAAGGAUUUUCUUCAUCUAGUUAUUUGAAACAACACAAACUGAUUCAUACUGGUGAACAACCAUUUAAAUGUCAAAUAUGUCACAAAGGUUUUUCUUCAUCUAGUUAUUUGAAACAACACCAACUGAUUCAUACUGGUGAACAACCAUUUAAAUGUGACACUUGUGGAAAAGGAUUAUCUUAUUUUUCAUCUUUGAAACAACACCAGCUAGUUCAUACUGGUGAAAAACCAUUUAAAUGUGACACAUGUGGAAAAGGAUUAUCUAAUUUUUCAUCUAUGAAAAAACACCUACUAGUUCAUACUAGUGAAAAACUAUUCAAAUGUCAAAUAUGUCAGAAAGGAUUUACUCAUUCUGAUUAUUUGAAAAAACACCAACUUGUUCAUACUGGUGAAAAAACAUUUAAAUGUCAAAUUUGUCCAAAAGGAUUUUCUUACACUAGUAGUUUGAAACAACACCAACUGGUUCAUACUGGUGAAAAAACAUUUAAAUGUCAAAUAUGUCAGAAAGGAUUUUCUUACGCUAGUAGUUUGAAACAACACCAACUGGUUCAUACUGGUGAAAAACCAUUUAAAUGUCAAAUAUGUCAGAAAGGAUUUUCUUAUGCUAGUAGUUUGAAACAACACCAACUACUUCAUACUGGUGAAAAACCAUUUAUAUGUCAAAUAUGUCAGAAAGGGUUUUCUCGGUUUCAUCAUUUGAAACAACACCAACUUGUUCAUACUGGUGAAAAAACAUUUAAAUCAGUGGUUCCCAAACGUUUUUGUCCCAUAGCCCCCCUGUCAUGUUUUCUGGUUUUUGGUAGACCCACAGGUUAACUUAAAUUUUUGUUUUUAAAUUCAUCAGCAUUUAAAAAGAAUAAAAUUUCUACCUGUAGUGAGCUGAGGAGUGAAAAAGUAAUUUAAAGCUACAUAUUAAGUUAUAGAGAUCUUUUUUAUUGAUAAAAUUCAAAUUUAAACCAAUUAAAAUAACAAUUAAUUAAUUAAUAUGCUGGAAUCACCUAACACACUGGAAAUGUUGAUUUUUCUUUGCAGGUUUAUGGUUAUCAUCCAUUACAAAUCUUAUUAUGUUUGUUGUUCUCUGAAGCAGUCCUUCAAACAAUAAAUAUUAAUUAAUUUACCUAACCUAUAUCAUUGUUAAAGUUUUUGCAAAGAUCUGUUUCUCCUAUAAUUGUCUAAUGUGUGGCUCAAAUAUUUAGUCCGAAGAACUGUUUUCAUUAACGGCAAAUCAUUAACGGCAGAAGGGGCGAAUAUGAGUUCUAAACCAGAAAGCUUGCUAUCCACUUAGCAAAAUGAAAACUGAAUUCAAAACUCUGCUGCAUUGCAACUAUCCCCAAACAUGGUAAUGGUUUCGUGUGUUACCCCUGAGGAAAAAUAAGGAGUUAGCAACCCAUAGGCAGAUUGUAGCAGACAGCGCUACACCCUGUCAGAGCCUCUGAUUCCAAACUGUAUCUAUUUUGUUUGCAAAAAAUUACAUAAGAAGCUCUCUUUUUUAAUGACUCAUGCCACCGAUGUGCCCCUGAACUGGAUUUUUUACUCAAAGAAAUUCUUUUAGUAAUAUUAAAUGUAGGUCUGUGCAAAACAGUUUUUAAAACAACAAUGGCUUGUAAAAUCUAAAGUUUUAGGUAUCAGAGAUAUUGUAAGACUCUCACAAACCAUUAUCUCGUCUAUAUGAUGUCGAAGAGAGAUUUUGUUGGUCUUUUUUUUAUCAUUGAGUGUUUGAACGUUUUUCAAAUGUUUAGGCUAUUUAUUUUGUCAUGGUGGCAUUGUCUCAGAUGGUCUGCCAGCGUAACUUGUUAUAUAUCGUCAUAAAUAGGCGCUUAGGCAACCGCUUGUUUGACAAAGAAGGAAUGAAGCCAUUUAUUUUAAAUAAUCAGCGCUGUACAGUUUACCUUCAUUUUGUUAAACAUUAGUUACAUGCAGACGAUAUUAAUCUAUUUAAAUAAGUAUUGGAAUUAAAUACUAUAAUUUUUCGUUUGAAUAGUGUCACAGUCUCGCUUGACAUUGCCUGUUAUAUGCUCACCUUUGGUCAAGAAGAGGAAAGGCACGUGAAUCAUCUGAGAUAGAAAGAGGAAGUAAGAAUGACUAAAUGGACUUUUAGUCACUUGUAGCUUUUAGGUCAGUUGAGAGAGACACUCAUGGGAUCUGAGUCGGUACACAUAGUUCUAGUAGUUGUUGGUUUUUGUACUUAGAGCUGGGUACAUAUUAUCGAAGUUUAUAAUUAUAUUUCAAAUUGAAUUAUCUUUGUGUAACUAUUAUGAAGCUGCAGUAUUAUUGAAUAAACCUUACAGUU